AUGAGCUGGAAAGUCAAUCAUAUGAAAAUGGACAUAGAACACAAUAACACAACAGCUAAGGAGAAUCCCAGACAGGAAGUAGAGCGCAUCAUGAGGUACCUGGACCUGUCUAUCUGUGAUGAAGUUAUCAGUCAGAUUGUGGAUCUGACCUCAUUUGAAAGCAUGAAGGAAAACCCCAUGUCCAACUACUCCUGUGUCCCACCUCCUGCGUUUGACCACAGUAUCUCUCCGUUCAUGAGAAAAGGUGAAGUUGGUGAUUGGAGAAACCACUUUACUCCUGAACAAUCAAAGAUGUUUGAUGAAGACUACAAAGAGAAAAUGAAAGAUGUGGACAUACCAUUUAGGGAUCUCAUUUAACAGAUGAAAAAUGGCCUCUGAAGAUCAAGAGUAUAUGCAGCAACCAAAGACAAAUGAACUGGCCCCACCAACCUUGACCUAAAAACUUAAAUUUGAUUUUGUUUUCUGUGAUAAAAUGAUCAUGAUGUGUUUAACAAUUUAAUAUAAUAACCGUAUAAUAAAGAUUUUUACACAAGUGA